GUCAAAAAGUAGUAUACCGGAGAAGACCAACGUUAAACUUUCAAUUCCAUGGUAGCUUCACUUUCACUCCUAUUAUUUAACACACGCCUGCGCCUCUUGAAUCUCAUCCAUCAAAAAAUGGAAAUUCUUCUCCGGGGAUUCCUGAUCCUCAUGGCUUUCUCUUUGUGCUUACACUUAAACGUAGGCUCUGUGAGGAGUCUAUGUCUUGCGGAUCAGCAUUUGUCACUGUUAAAACUUAAGGAAACACUCAUUUUCCACCGGACUUUUUCACCCAAGCUCAAUUCCUGGGAUUCAUCAACCCAAUGCUGUUCUUGGCCCGGCGUCACCUGCAACGGCAGUGGCCAUGUUAUUGGUCUCGACCUCAGCGAUGAGGGGAUUUCCGGUGGGAUCGAUAGCUCGAGCAGUCUCUUCAAUCUUCAUCAUCUUCAGAGCCUUAACUUGGCUCGGAACAGUUUCAAUGGCACUCGGAUUCCAUCUGGGUUGGGCAAACUUGCUAAUUUGCGCCACCUCAACCUCUCCAAUUCCGAAUUUUCCGGACAAAUUCCGCUGAGGUCUCUCUCUGUAAUCCGAUUGAAUGGCAACAAUAUCUCUGCUCCAGUUCCAGAAUUUUUGGGUAAUUUCUCAAAUUUGACUUUAUUGGAUCUCAAAUGGUGUGAUCUACAUGGAAAUUUUCCAGCAAAUAUCCUUCAACUGCCAACUCUACAGAGUCUUGACAUAUCACUCAAUCAGUGGGUUCAUGUGUUUCUGCCUGACUUUCCAGAAAAUGGGUUUUUACAGACCCUGGUGCUGAGUGAAACAAACAUUUCAGGGACGAUGCCAGCCUCCAUUGGGAACCUUAAGAUGUUGUCAACAAUGAAACUUCCACGCUGCAAUUUAAAAGGGUCAAUUCCAAACUCGAUAGGAAGCCUAGCAAAUCUGGUUCUUCUGGACUUGUCUUGGAAUCAGCUUUCUGGGUCCAUUCCAUCUCUCAGUAUGUUGAAAAAUUUGACUGAUUUAGAUCUCUCUUGUAAUAAUUUGUCAGGUCAGAUAAGUUCCACCAAUUGGGAAAACCUUUCAAAUCUUGCAAAUCUUUGGCUGAAUGACAAUUCACUAGAGGGAAGCAUUCCCUUGUCUCUGUUUUCCCUUCCAUCUUUGCAGAGUGCUCUUCUCUCAAACAAUCGGUUCUCUGGUCAAAUUGGUAACUUUCCGGUUGUGUCUUCUUCUCAGCUGACCGAGCUUGAUUUGAGCAGUAACAGGUUAGCAGGUUCAAUACCUAGUUCUUUUUUCAAGUUCCAAGGUCUUCGGCUACUCACUCUUUCUUCCAACAACUUUAGUGGCACGUUAGAGCUAAGCAUCAUCCAGAAACUUGGAAAUCUUUCUACACUUGAUCUUUCUUUCAAUAACAUAUUGGUGGAUGUUGGUUUUUUUGGUAAGAUUGAGUUCACCAAUCUCCCUCAGUUGUUGGAAUUAAGGUUGGCCUCCUGCAAGCUGAGGAAAUUUCCAAGUUUCUUGAAAAAUCAGUCGAUUAUGUUCACUUUAGACCUUUCAAGGAAUCAAAUUCAAGGAGGAAUACCCAACUGGAUAUUUGAGCUCACUUUGCAAGUGCUCGAUCUGUCACACAACUCAUUGAGCUCAGUUAUUCCUGCUGACAUUGGUAAUUUCCUAAGCAACACUUUGUUUUUCUCGAUUUCGAGCAAUUUUUUUCAUGGAGUCAUCCCCGAAUCAAUUUGCAAAGGAAAACAGCUUCAAAUCCUUGAUUUGUCUAAUAAUUCUUUAAGCGGCACUGUGCCUCGAUGUUUGAUUGAUAUGAGUCACGGUAACAUCUCAGCUGAUGAUUUGGGAGCACUGCGCGUCCUGAAUUUAAAGAGAAACAACUUGACUGGCACCAUUCCUGAUGUGUUUUCAGUCGAUUGUGCACUAGAAACUCUGAAUCUCAAUGAGAAUCUCCUGCAAGGAACGAUUCCCAAGUCCUUGGCCAACUGCAAAAAGCUUGAAGUUUUAGAUGUCGGGAAAAAUGGAAUUAAUGAUAGCUUCCCAUGUUUGUUGAGCACCAUAUCCAGUUUGAAGGUUCUUGUUUUGCGAUCCAACAAAUUCUUUGGGCCUAUUGAAUGUCCAGUGAGUAAUGAAACUUGGCCAUUUCUUCAGAUUGUUGAUCUAGCUUCUAACAAGUUCAGUGGAAAGCUGCCAGAAACAUUCUUUGAAAUAUGGACAGCAAUGAUGGUCGGAAAAAGUGGAGCCCCAGCUACACUAGAUUUCAUCAAGUAUUAUACAUCAAUGGAUUCCUCCGAUUAUCUAGAGGAGGUGACGGUCACCAUAAAAAAUUUACAGGUAGAGUUAGUGAAGCUCUUAACAAUCUUCACCUCCAUUGAUUUUUCAUGUAACAACUUUGAAGGGAAGAUACCUGAAGUAACCGGGGAAUUGACGGCACUCCACGUUCUCAAUUUGUCACAUAAUUCUCUUGCAGGUCCAAUCCCUUCAUCUCUGGGGACAUUGCAUAAUCUAGAGUCCUUGGACCUUUCUAGUAACAACUUGAGCGGCAAUAUUCCUCAGCAACUGGGAGGCCUGAAUUUUCUUGAGGUCCUUAACCUCUCAUAUAAUCAACUAGAAGGAAGAAUCCCAAAAGGAAAUCAAAUUCAAACAUUUACAGAAGACUCCUUCAAAGAUAACAAGGGAUUGUGCGGGACCCCUCUAAAGGAUUGUGGAGCUGAUGUGCAGCCGCCGUCUACCGUACCCACAUCGAAAGGCAACAAUUCAGAUAAUGGAACCAAGAUUAACUGGAAUCCCAUAAUUGUUGAAGUGGGAUUUGUUUUUGGCUUAGCCAUUGUCAUUUUACCACUUAUGUUCUGGAAAAGAUGGAGGAGAUGGUAUUACAAACGUGUUGACAGUGUUCUUUUCAGGAUUCUUCCCCAGCUAAAUCAAAGAAACAGAAACCAUAAGCGGAGCGUUCUCAGGAUCGACGGAAAGAGGAACUAGGAAAGCUCUGAUGAGAAGGGAGUAUUGUGUCUUGAUAUAGUUGUUCUAGAAAUAAGAGAUGCUUUCAUCUAAUGUUCUUGUUUAGUAAUUAGCAAUCCUUUCAAACAACCUAUCUUGUAUGAUAAUGAGAGGUAAGUUAAAUUUCUAUGCAUGUAAUUUGUUGUCUUUCCAAUAUUAAAGUUUACUAGUGUCC